AUGACCCACCUUUCCCCGUCUCCCAAUUCAAUCUCAAACCUCUUCUCCUCUUUUAGUUUUGUAGUGAACCUGGUGUGUCAGAAUGGCGACAUUGCCUUUCACUUCAACCCGCGGCUCAACCAAGGCAAUGUAGUCGUCUGCAACACGCAUGAAAAAGGCCGCUGGGGGCCUGAGGAGCGGGUCUACAACAUGCCCUUCCAAUCGAGCGUCUACUUUGAAAUUAUCAUCAACGUCAGGAGCCACUGCUAUCAGGUAUCAGUCAAUGGAAGCCACUUCUUGGAGUACAAGCACCGCCUUCCAUUCCAUCUGGUCCAGAACCUGUAUGUUGAUGGCGAUAUCUCCUUGAACUGUAUCAACUUCCAAGGAGCUGCUGCUAGUGCGCCACCUCCGUAUGCGCCUCCUGCUUACAAUGUCAUCACAGCCACCAAUGUCGGUGGCAUGUUUGCACAGCCAGGCUUUGCACAACCAGGCUUUGCACAACCAUCGUUUUCAAGGAAGAAGAGCAAGACAGCCCAGGGCUUCAGUGGAGUGACUUUGUCCAAUCCUGCUGUUCCAUUCCAUGCAGCCAUCCCGGGAAACUUCGCUCAGUUCCGGAAGAUCAAAAUUGUGGGGAACGUGCCACUUUUUGCAAACAGAUUCCACGUGAACCUGAAAAACACCAUGACAGGCAACAUUGCUCUGCACAUAAACCCGCGAUUCAAAGAGGGAGCCCUUGUUCGGAAUACGUCCAUUAAUGGUACUUGGGGUUCUGAGGAGCGCCACAUCCGCAGUAUGCCUUUCUCCCCUGGCCAAGCCUUCCAUAUGGAGAUUACCAACCUGAAGAAAAACUACAAGGUUUUUGUGAAUGGACAGGUGAUAUUUGACUACACGCAUCGGAUCCCACCAGGACAUGUAGACCAAUUGGAAAUAGCUGGAGACGUGAGCCUGUCUUGCGUACAGUACUGACAAGUCUGUUUUCCCUGUGCACUUCUAUGCAAGCCUACUGUACAUAGUGAACACCAAACCCAUGAAUUUGUAGUAUGGAAUAAUAUGGAAGCCAGGGGGACAUACAGAGGCCAGGAUUGCUAUAUGUGUCUCAAUCUGAUUUAAAUCUGUAAGUGCAGACUUAGUAAGUGCUGCAUGAAGGUAUCAAGUGGAAUGUUUUCAUCACAUAAUCACAUAAAUCUUUCUCAAACAGCAUUUGACUCCUCUUCACUCCCUCUUUCUCGAUUUCACUUUGUAUAGUCUUAUUAAUUAUGCUCCACUUACCUCCCAGGUAAGAAAUACUGUACAUUGCAAUGAAAAUAAAGAUGGAAUAGUAGUUGGAACAACACUGUUCAAUGGUACUGUAUACUGUGCAAUUUCAGUCUGAAUGUAUCUUAUAAUCUGCCAUAAAAUAAAGAUGUAUAAAGGAAAAA